AUGGCAGUAGAGGAACAGCCCAAGGAGAAAUCCUAUGUUCCUGCUGACCAGCUAAGUCUCGCAAAUAUAACCGGCGAAUCGCCAUAUCUGUCUCUUCUCAACACAGACUAUGCACGAGACAUCGUUGGUCAGUUUCUACAGGACACCGUCUUUGGCAAGCCAGGAGCCAGUCAUGCUUCGCCGCCGAGCUCGACAUCUUCAACUCAAGCGGAAGAAGUCUUGAAGAUUGGCUCGGCGAGUUUCAAUGCAUUUCUUCAAGCCAAUGUUACGGGCCCGGUAUUGGACGGCGCAGCCAAGAGCGACAAGUUGUUCGUCACUACAUACGAGCAACUGGCAGCCGAGUCGGGAGCUCAAGCAAAGCAGGGCCAGAGGAGUAUUGACGCGUUGAGAAGGUCGUGUCUCAGAUCUCUGGACGUGGAUGGUGUAUCAGUCUAUUCGAUUAUUCCUCACAUUGAGCUAUUCUGUCUCGCAAAAUGGAUAUUCACAUCGGGCCAAGUGUCUCUUGCUACAGCCAGUCACGAGCAGGAUGAGUUGACCAGAGACCUGGUAUGGAUGCGUUUCCGCAUUCACCUGUGGCAUUAUAAGCUGCUCUCUCAGCCCUCGCUCGGCCCAGGAUCACUAUUCACCAAGAGCGGACGGUUCACCGAUGUGGGAACGCUACAAGAAUUAAUCGAGACGAGCCUGGUGGAAGCUGGUCAGCGUAUCUUUGCCGCCGGCACUGGAUUAUCCAAGGAUGCCAAGGUUCAGUUCCUUCUGGAAGAAGCCAACGCACAUAUAAUGCUCGGCAACGACCACAAGGCAAAGGAGGCUCUUAGUAAAGCUGCCGAAACUUCGGGUUUCGUGUUUGCUCUCUCCGGCGCACUCGGCAAGCGAACAAAGUUCCAACAAGACAGCACAAGUCAGUUGGUUGUUUUUGCCAAGAGCAGCGAUCACGAACAAGACGUUGAACAGAACUCGGCAAACGCCGCACCGAGCGCUGUUCCCUUGAAUGAUGAGACACUGCUGGAAAAGGUGUCGUUCACAAAUGACAAGGUCGAAGACGUCACCGAGUCGAACCUGCCCGAAGCUCUGCAGGGUCUUACACCACAGACCCAACCCCAACUCAAGGCUGAAGAUCAAAUCAUCUUGCUUACCGAAGCAACCCUCAAGGACACCUUUUCCCCGGCAGACUCCCUCACGUUGGAAGAAGUACUCCCUUUUGCGGAGAGGGUCAUUGAGGACAAGUCGACAAAUUGGCAGGUCUAUACCCAGGCCCUACUCGUGCGCUCGAGGAUAGAGCUGAACCGAAGUCGCACAAUCGAACGUGGUGUGCUGCAAUUGCAAGCCGUGGUCGAUCAAGUCAUUGUAGACACUGACGCCGCCAAUACAAAUAUAAAGGCAGAAGAGCACUCUGAAGACGCAAAUGGGGAUGACUUGAUGCCCACUAUCACAGUAUCCGGUGAGGAUAACGAACCACAAGUCAACGACGCUCCCAAAGCUACGUCCUUCCUACCUGCUGCCAAAGCUUCCGAGUCGGCAUCUCCUCAGGUACGAUUGCGAUACGUGAACGCCCUAUCCUCCCCACCGAGGUGGCACUUGGAGUCAGAGCUUGCCUUUGCCUGGACGUCGGUGGGAUCUCUUGUAUCUGCACUGGAGAUUUUCAAGCGGCUGCGUCUAUGGCCUGAAGUAGCCUUGUGCCUGGCCAGCAGUGCAAAUACGGAUGAUUCCGAUGGUCGUGGCAGCGGCGGUGAAGAAAAGGCACGGGCAAUUGUGCGGUGGAGGCUGUUCCACCGUACCGGGCAAACGCCCGAGACCGACAAUGAUGACAAAGAAGAUGGUGUACCCGAUACUGAUGCCCUCAACGCAAAAGACUUUGGCGGCGCGGAACGCCAACCCCCUCCACCUAAUGCACCCCGUCUGUGGUGUAUCCUGGGCGACUUGGAAAAUGAACCCAAACACUACGAACGUGCUUGGGAGAUAUCCAACCACCGCUUUGGACGAGCACAAAAGUCACUUGGCGAGCUGUACCUGGCUCAGAAGGAUUUUGAGAAGGCAGCAGAAGCCUAUCGCCUCGCUGUAGGGGUCAACAGGCUCAGUCCCGAGCUUUGGGGCCGCUUGGGUGACAUUGAGCUCAGGCUGGGUCACUUCCCUGACGCAACGGAGGCUUACCAGCGAGCCAUAGGAGCGUCCAACGGCGAAGAAGGUGGUGAGGGCGCCAGGACCUGGAGCAAUCUGGGAACGGCUCUAUUGUCCUGGUACAAACAGAUUGCCAAGGAGAGCAAGGGACUGAAGGAGAAAAAGACUGCAGAUGCCGACGACGAUGACGAAGAUGAGAAUCAGAACGACGACUCAAUCAAGGGCAUCGAUGCCUCUAGUAUGCCAGCGACAGCGCGCGCCGCGGAGCUUAACAAGCCUGCCCACAAGCUGAUCCAAGACGCCCUCACAGCGUUCAAGCGCGGAGCCACCAUUGCCCACACCAACUGGAGGAUCUGGGAUAAUGUUGUCACGCUCGCCGCCUCUCUUUCCCCAGAGCCCGCCCUCGACGACGUCAUUCUGGGCACCCGCAACGUCCUGCGCAUUCGCAACAGCGAGGAUGCCCUCGACGCCGAGAUUCUCGCCCUCCUGGUGCGGGAAGCGACCAAGGAGGCCCCCUCGACGUCGAGCGAAGGUGUAUACGUCGCGCCGCGCGGCAGCAUGCAGAACAAGGUCAUUGCGCUCAUCGAGAAUGAGGUUGUACCCAUUAUCACGACCAACUCGGAGAUAUGGUCCAUCGUAUCGCGCCUGCGCGCCUGGAGAAGGGACUUUUCUGGUGCUGUCGAGUCCGCAGAAAAGGGCUGGCGCGCCGCCCUAGGCUCGACCGCGUCCUCAUCGUCGUCCCUCGAGGUCACCACGGCGGCUGGCAGAGGCGGCGGCAACGGCAACUGGCAGUCUGGUGAAGACAAGGACGCCUGGGAGACGGUAGUCUCGAGGACGAGCGAUCUGGUAGCCGCCUACGAAAACUGGGGACCCCGUGUCGAGACCAUUGGAGAGCAGAGGUGGAAGGGCAAGGCCAGGAGUGCGGUCCGGAGCGUCAUGGGUAAGGGCAAGGAGAUCUGGGAAGGCAGUGAAGGAUGGUCGACCCUGCAGUCCCUUAUGGAGGAUCUCAGAGCAUAG